GAGCUGACCCUCUCCCCCCCACACCCACAGGCUUCAUGCAUGCAGGCUACCCUAUCAUGAUACAUUCCUCCUCCGCCCCAGACCUGGUGAACCCUGUGGCAGCCCGCAGCUCGGGCCUGUGGGGAGCAAUCCACGAGCUGGGCCACAACCAGCAGAGACGAGUCUGGGAGUUCCCCUCACACACCACUGAGUGCACAUGUAACCUGUGGUCCGUGUACGUGCACGAGGAGGUGUUGGGGGUGAAACGGGAUCAGGCCCACCCCAACAUGACGCUGGCCAACCGACAGAGCCGUGCCGAGGGGUACGCUAAAGGGGGCAGGAAUCUGGCCAGCUGGGACAUGUGGGUGGCACUGGAGACCUACAUGCAGCUCCAGGACCAGUUUGGCUGGGACGCCUUCAAGAAGGUGUUUGCUGCCUACCACACCAUGCAGAACGUGCCCAAUGACAACCAGGGAAAGAUGAACCUGUAUGCUGAGACCUUCUCCCUGGCGGUCGAGAGGAACCUGGCUCCCUUCUUCAAGGCCUGGGGCUGGCCCAUUGAGCCCGCUACAGAGGAAAAGCUCUCUAACAUGKCGGUGUGGAGUGACCACCCUAUGACKCAGUAUGGCUGAACUAUAGAGGAGGUCACCCCCUUAUAUUGGGGGURACAGGUCAGGGAUUGCUGGUGAAGGGUAGGUACUGUUUGGUGACAGGUUAAGGUAAAGGAGUGGUGACUAGGAGUGUGUUGGCCUGGUGUAGAAAUGCUACUGCACGAAUCAUGGUUGCGUUUGUUGUGCAACGAAAUAAAUCAUUGUAACGGUUUUUGAAGUCGUCACAAAGGSCUGGCUGAGGAGAUUGGGGGUCUAUUGUUGYCUAUAAAUGCAGUUGUAUAUUCUAGUGCACUUCAGACGAGUCCUUGCAAGUGCCUUAUUUAUAAUAAGUUGGAUGUUUUACAAGGUCUUUCAUUCCAAAUGUAGUUA